AGGAGCAGCUCAAGUACAGUCUGGAGCUGACAAAAGGAGGGAUGAAGAAGGAGGAGAAGGCCACCAAGACCGGCAAGGCCAUGUUGGCCGCUGCAGAGAUGGCCUUUGGGCCGCCAGUGGAGGCCUUCGACAAGAACACGCUGGAGCUUGCUCAAGUGGGCGGCGCCAAGAUCGAGACCACGGAUGAUGGGCUCCAGGCCUCAUGGGCCUCGCCGCUCACCGGGGAGGUGAUGAAGGAAUUGGUUUGCGAUGAGGGCGUGGCCGCCAUCAUGAAGGAGCGCGUGCCCGCAGAGACUUACAAGAAGUUUGAGCAGGUGAUCAAAGGCAGAUGCCCCACAGUGAAGCAGUAGUUUGGGCAGUCGGCCUGUUCAGGAGAGAGUUUUCUACAUCGUGCGAGUG